UCCCCAAUAUCGGUGACGUUGAAUCUAACCACGGGAGCCGCCAUCUUGCCAUUCUGUUGACACAUAGCUGCUACCUCAUUGGUGUAGAGCAAUCACGUGUCAAACCGUGCCACCACUUACGACCAAAAUCCUAUUACGCUCUGAAGAAACUAGUUCUGCUUCAAACACAGACGCAUCGACAAUUGAGUGGAAUUUCAGCGAAGAACUUUUUUUGCUUCCGGGGUUUGGCUCCACACCGCCUUCCUCUGGCCUCAGCUUCCCAUCUCAUUUUGGCGCAAAGACACUCUUCGUUUCUCCCGUUUCUUUUCUCCGGAGAACAAGAAGUGAAUCGUUCUUCACUUCCUGGUUUCAUCGCCUCGCUUCCAUUUUGCAGAAUGAGGUCGUGCUUCGUGCUUCUCUUUGCUUCUCUGCUGACAUCAUGUGAAGCACAAGGAACCAUUGAGCCUAUUGGGUUUGUGCUGAAGGGACGUGAUCUGCUCCUGAAGCUUCAUGCUGAUCCUCCUGAGGGGGUUUUAUUUGUUGACUGGAAAAUCAAUAAAACAGUCACUUUAGUAAGAUUUGAUCCUAGUGGAAAAGCAAAUGUCCUUCAUAGUUUCACUGGAGGGUUUGAGUUUCCUGAGAAUAAAUUCUCUGUGAUAUUGAAGAAUCUCCAAGAGGUCGACAGUGGAGUUUAUUCUGCUGUAGCAGUAACAUCUACAGGAGACAAACUAGUAGCUGAAUACAAGGUCACAGUUCAAGGACCAGUGUCUCCAGUUGAACUGACCGUGGACCGAGUGGACUCCAGGAGCUCAGAGUCAUGUGACUUCCAUGUGACCUGCAGGACUCACAACUCUCACAUCAGCAGCACUUUCAAGUGUUUUAAAGGGGUCUGCAGUCAGGAGGGAGGAGAGCGACCAGAGCUCGCGACCUCUGAAGCUUCUCUCCAGGUCUACCUGCUGAACAGCGUGAUCAUCUGUGACCAUAGCAACAAGGUUCACUGGACCCAGGACUUCUUUCCUGCUGAACAUCUUUGUCCCUCAAAACGUGAUCCUUCCCUUCACCCUGGCUGGAUGGCUGCUGUUUGCAUUCUCACUGUCAUCAUUGUCGUCAUGAUUGUGGUUCUAAUCGUCUGGCUUUAUCGUCAAAUGAAAAUAAUCAGUUCAAAAAAGAACUUGACAGAAUAUAUUUCCAAACUUACAGGAAGAACUUUAACUCCUGAACAAGACGAGCAUCUCCUCCAGCUUUGUGAAACCUGACCCUGGAUCGAUUCAGCCAGAAAGCGGCUUUGGGCGAGAAGAUUCUCUUUAACAAUCAAAUCCCAGAAUUCUGCUGGUAGUUUGCAGCCUUAUUGAAGCUUUUUAUGUUUUGGUUCAUGUUACCUGCUUUAAUGCUGAAAGAUUCUCUUCUACACAAGUGUGAUGUUGGAGUGAGAUUAACAAACAAAUGACUGAGUGUUAAGCUUCACACAGUUUUUUAAAAGUUUUUUUUAAGCAUCACAAUUGGAGAUAAUAAUAUUUUACAUUUAAGGUUAAUGUUUAAAAAGUAAUAUGUUUCAACUGUGCUGAAUGUUUGAAACCGUUUGUUUUUUGUAAAUAUUUUUCCAUGUUGUAUUUAGUCAUUAUACAUUAUGUCGCUUUAACAAGUUUCCACCCAAAAAAAACCUGCUAAAAGAAUGAUGUACAAGUAAAUACUGUACAUGCAAGCAGACAAAUAUGCAAUGUGUAUUUUUUCCAUUCUAAAUAGGAUCAUAUGUAGUAUUAUAUGGUGUAUUUAAGAUUAUUUGCUUAAAUAUAAUCUAUAUUAUACAUGCAAGAAAACAUCCACCAAAAGCAUUUAUAUUGUCUUGUGUGAUAUUUUGUGUAUAAAUCAAUGCUUUAUCAUCAUUUGUUUUAAAGGUGAACUAUGAAGGUUUUCUUG